AUGGUAGGUAUAAUAUUAACAGUGAUAUUACUAGUUUCAUACACACAAAAUUAUCCAAAUGCCAUCAAAUACAGUUACUACUUUAACCUGGAGAUUCAAACAUUCAUUAAUAACAGAUAUGGAUAUGUACCCGUUAAUUCUGUUAAUGAUAAGAUUGGUUAUUGUAUUCAAGAGAUGGAUUUUUUGGUGAAAUGUACAUCAAUAUUUCUAAGUGUAUCAGUAACGAUGCUUAUUAUCACAUAUAUAUUCACAAGAGUGAUGGUUUAUAUAAAGAUAAGUAAGGCACCACCAGUCUAUAUUUUCAAGGAAAAUGUUUGA